GGUUUUUAAGUAUCAUGUCUGGACGUGGUAAGCAGGGUGGUAAAGCUCGCGCCAAGGCAAAGACCCGGUCUUCCCGGGCGGGCCUGCAGUUCCCGGUGGGCCGAGUGCACCGUCUGCUCCGCAAGGGGAACUACUCCGAGCGAGUCGGGGCUGGCGCCCCAGUGUACCUGGCGGCGGUGCUGGAGUACCUGACUGCCGAGAUCCUAGAGCUGGCUGGUAACGCGGCCCGCGAUAACAAGAAGACCCGUAUUAUCCCGCGACACCUGCAGCUGGCCAUCCGCAACGACGAGGAGCUCAACAAGCUGUUGGGCAAAGUCACUAUAGCACAGGGCGGUGUCUUGCCCAAUAUCCAGGCGGUGCUGCUGCCCAAGAAGACCGAGAGCCACCACAAAGCCAAGGGCAAGUAAGGUCGCCACAACAACGUUUUAUCCAAACCAAAGGCUCUUUUCAGAGCCACCCACUACUUCUGGGGAAGAGUUGUGACUCUUAGUUUACUAUUACCAACAAUGAAUGGGAGAAGCAAAUCACUAAAUUGUAGUUAGUAACUUGGUAAUCAGCUUUAGGGAUUUUAAGUAUGUGAGCCACUGCACUUUGAUGAUUAAGUCUCCUUUUCUGUAGUCAUCGUACAUCGCCAGUGUGAAUCACAAGUUGGAGUUCUCUAAACGACCCCCUCGAGUGCAGUUAUUUUAGUUUCUCCAGAGAAAAAUACAGCCCUUGAGAUUCCUGUAUUCCAGAUGCACCAACAUUAACUGCUGUUUUGUCGAUUCAACGGUAAAACAUAAUACGUAGCUACAUACACAAAUCACUAACUUGUCAAUUGUAAAUGCCCACCCUAUCAGUCUUUGAUGUGGGUAUACGCAUUAGGCAUUUAUCAAAACACUGGAACUGCCUUUAAACUGCGGGAAUAAAACUUGACCAAUCAGAAUGUGGCGCAGGUUUUUCAAAUUAGUUUCCUUUUUGCAGCGCAUCAAGUUUUAAUAAGGUUGCCAGCAAUUCGGUUAAUUCCUCUGUAGCACUGGGCUAGUCUUUGUUCGCUCUGCAUUCGCGUCACAUCUGUAUUGGCGGGUUUGCGUUCUUAUAUAGAAGGACCCGACUUGAAAUCCAUGGCCAAACACUUAAACGGGGCAGCACAGGAAUAGGCAAAAGUAAAACCCAACGAAUUAAAGAAUGAGCCUAAAAAAGGGAAAUUUUGCUAAGUUAUUGGCGUUUAUAAAGAAAGCCUAGUUAAAUUUGCCAUGAAUUGAGUUUAAUGAGAAAUAACCUUUAACAGCGCAGAUGAAGGACGGUACAGUGCGCAGCUUUUUUAAAGAAAUCUUUGGGUGGCUCUGAAAAGAGCCUUUGGGGCUUUGUUUACUUCAUCAAGCCAACUUCCUACUUCUUUUUGGGAGCCGCCUUCUUAGCCUUUGCAGCUUUAGGCUUUGCUGCCUUGGGCUUAGCGGACUUAGGUUUGGCAGCUUUCGGUUUCACGGCCUUGGGUUUGGCUGGGCUCUUGGCCGCCUUUUUCGGCUUGGCAGCAGCUUUGGUCUUUUUAGGACUUUUGGCUACUUUCUUGACGCCAGACGCCGCGGGCUUCUUAGCCUUCUUCGGUGUUUUCUUCACUGCCUUCUUUGCGCCCGCAGCCUUCUUGGGUUUCUUAGGUGUGGCCCCCGCAGGCUUCUUAGCCUUGGCCGCGCCAGCCUUCUUGGCCUUCGGCUUCGUUUCCCCAGAGGCCGCCUUCUUGUUGAGCUUGAAGGAGCCAGAAGCGCCAGUGCCCUUGGUCUGCACAAGGGUACCCUUGCUCACCAGGCUCUUGAGACCUAACUUAAUGCGGCUGUUAUUCUUCUCCACGUCGUAGCCGCCAGCCGCUAAGGCCUUCUUGAGCGCGGCUAAGGAGAGCCCAUUGCGCUCCUUGGAAGCGGCCACAGCCUUCGUGAUCAGCUCAGAGACCGGAGGACCAGUCGACUUACGUUUCGCCGCGCCACCCCCUGUCGCCUUCUUUGCUGCCUUCUUCUUCG